AUGGGAAUGCUGACGGCGACGACGUGGCAGGUGUUCUUCGACCUGAAGCUCUCUGCUAACGACGAAGGGAGGCUCUGUUGGGUGGAGCUGCUAGUGAAGGCGCGCUUUGUACACCGUCGCAGGCUGGGAGACACGGUUCGAGCCGUCGGCCGCUAUGAAUGCAGGGGUGACAGUAACGGCGGCGGCGGCGCCGCCACCGCCAUCGUCCGUACUUUUAUCGUUCGGAGCUUAGUUGUGGUGGUUAGCUGGCGCGCCCUUCAUUCCGCCACACCGUUCGUACCGCAGCAGCCGUUCGUACCGCAUCGACGUGGUGUCAGCCACCUCGCACGCGGGGAAGACAGCGGAAAUGGCGGACGGUGCCGGGGGGCGGUAGCGGACUUGGGGACUGGCGGCGGUGGCGGCGCCGUCGCCACCACCGCCACGGCCGUCGGGGGGGCUGACAGCUGCAACACCAGCGAUAGAGAACAAGCAAACGGCGGCGAGAGUAGCGACGAGAAGGCCGGCGGUGAUGCUGCAGCAGACGGAAUCGCUGACGCUGGCGGCCGCGGCGUAAGCAUAUGUACGGCAACGGGUGUUGGGUAUGAGGUUGAAGGUCGUACCACAGGAUCAAGGGGUAAUCACGGCGGCGGCACUUGGGGCCGUACCGCUGCUGCAGCUGUAACACCCGGGGUCGCUGUAUCGGAAAAUGGCGGCGAUAGCCGCGACGGAGCCGCUAGGGCUCUUGCGGCCGCCACCGCCACCGGCGGCAACGGCAACGGCAGCCCGCUGGUGUGCAAGUAUUGGGCAGCAACGGGGCGCUGCCCGAAGGGCGGCGGCGCCGGAGCGUGUCGGUACGACCACCCGCCGCAGCGCGGCGGUGCGGCAGGCGUGCAACAACUGUACGCCAAGUCCAGACGCGCCCAACGGCUUGCCGCCGCGGCAGAGCAGGGGUUCGUACACGAUGUGGGUGACGCCGCCAAGCGCCGCCGGGCCGCCGUGUUCUGCGACUGGCUCGUACAGACGUACGGCAGGGACUUUCUGAACUCGGGCACUGGAGUACUCGACGUUGCGGGUGGCCGCGGCUCUCUGACCUUCUAUCUGCUGAUUCGCCACGGCGUCACAACCUGGCUGAUAGAGCCCCGACCAGCAAAACUGUCAAGACGGCAACUCAGGGAGAUUAAGGAGGCGGCGGGGGCGGCGGAGGCGGCGGGGGCGGCGACGGAGAGAGGCGGGCUGACGCUACCCCAGCUGCGUCGGCGGUUCGAGCCGCGGCUUUGGCGCCGACCAGCCUUAGCCGGUGGCGGUGGCCUUAGCGGCUGUGGUAGUGCUUCUGACGCUGCUGCUGCUGCUGAUGGUUAUGGUGAUGGUGAUGGCGAUGGCGAUGGUGCGGUAGCUGAGCUGUUGAGAAAUUGCUCAAUGGUUGUGGGACUUCAUCCGGAUCAAGCCACAGAUGCCAUUCUGGACUUCGCGCUCGAGUACGGCAAGCCCUUCGCGCUCGUCCCUUGCUGCGUCUUCCCGCGCCGCUUCCCGCACCGCCGCCUGCUGCUGCCGCUGUGCCAGCAGCCACUUCUGCUGCCACAGCCACUGCCCGAGGCAACGGCGGCGGCGGGGCCGGCAGUGGUGGCGGAGCCGCCACCAGGGAUACGUUCGGAAGCGGACGCCGCCUCCAUUUCCCCCUCUUCCCUCUCUUCACCAGUUGAGACCUAUCCCCAGCUUAUCGCCUACCUGCUACAACAGGCACAGCUGUACGGCAGGUGUGACAGUGCUGGCAACGUUGGCAGCAGCGGCAACGAACGCAGUGAGGGUGGCGGCGGAGGUGGCCCCGCCAGCGGCGGCUAUGGCGCCGAUGAUGAUAUCGAUGGCGGCGGCGGCUGUAGCGGCGGCGGUUUCCUUUCCCAGUGGCGGCGGAGCCAGGGGUUCUGGCUACAGCUCUGGAGGCUUUCAGCUGCGAAGCAGCAGCAGCAGCAGCAGCAGGAGGAGGACAAACGGGAGAGCCAAGGCCCGCCCGAACCUGCCCCGGACUCCGGUUCCGACACGGAUCCAGAUUCGGACGCAAAAGGUUCGGAGUUGGAAGUGGAUCCAAAUUUUGACGGUGCCACCGCCGCUGCUGCUGCUGCUGCUGCUGCUAUGAGCGACAUCGACCCUGGCGACCCACUACGGGCAGCGGCUGCUGGCGCUACUGCUGCACAGCCGCUGCCAUUUAGCAGCGUGGCGACGACGCUUCACUGGCUGGAGGCUCAAGCGGUGAAAUGGCGGACGGCGGAGACAACGCCGCGGUUUGAUUUGGCCAGAGACACGCCCAAUGGCGGCAUCGGUGACGCUUCGGAGGCCGCGGACCCCCCGGCCCUGCAGAGUCCCAAGGGCAACGUGGACCAAGACGCGGACUGGGGUCCUAGUGUCCGCGGCGCUGCCGCCGCGGGACAGCCUGUGAUGCUCCAGGGGAGCGGCUCAGGAGGCGGGGGCCUGGAGGUGGGGCUGGCCCGGCUGCAGUUCCUCGGGGCCAACCAGGUGGUGUAUAGGCUGCCGCCGCCGUGUGGGACGUAG